GCUCAUACCCCUCCCUGGGCCCCGGGUGUCCCCGUGACGAGGCAGCGCGGAGACGCCGCGGGCCGGGCCCAUCCCGCUGCAGCGGCCCCUGGGCCGAGCAGGGCGAGGCACAGAGGGAGGCGGCGCCGAGCGGGGGUCGGGAGCGCGGCCAGAAUGGUGCUGGAAGGAAACCCUGAAGUGGGGUCCCCCCGAACCUCAGACCUCCAGCACCCAGAGAACCAGGGCUCUUGCAUCCUCUCUUCUCCCGGUGAAGAUGCACAGCCAGGGGAGGAGCCCAUCAAAUACGGUGAACUCAUCGUUCUGGGAUGCUGUGAGGAAGGAGGUGAGGAAACCGAGGCUCAGAGAGGGGAAGUGACUGGCCCAAGGGCACACAGCUGCCUCAGGGCCUUCGCUCAGGGUGAACCCUCCAUCCAGCAAGUCUUCUGCAAAAGAGGCUGGAGUCAGACAGACCCGAGUUCAAGUCUAGACAUUUUCCACUGAAGAGCCUGGGACCUCAGCUACAAUGGGUGUCUGGCAAGUGGGGACAAGGGCCGCCGUCGAAGUCGCCUGGCACUGAACCGCCGGCCACAUGCCAACGGAGUGAAGCCAGAUGUCAUGCACCACAUCUCCACACCGCUCGUCUCCAAGGCACUGAGCAACCGUGGCCAGCACAGCAUCUCGUACACACUGUCCCGGAGCCACUCGGUCAUAGUUGAGUACACACACGACAGUGACACAGACAUGUUCCAGAUUGGUCGCUCCACCGAGAACAUGAUUGACUUCGUGGUAACAGACACGUCGCCUGGAGGGGGCGCUGCUGAGGGCCCCUCUGCCCAGAGCACGAUCUCCCGCUACGCCUGCCGCAUCCUCUGUGACCGCAGGCCGCCCUAUACCGCCCGCAUCUAUGCCGCUGGCUUCGACGCCUCCAGCAACAUCUUCCUUGGAGAGCGGGCAGCCAAAUGGCGGACCCCCGACGGCCUGAUGGACGGCUUAACCACCAACGGGGUGCUGGUGAUGCACCCAGCCGGCGGCUUCUCUGAGGACUCAGCCCCAGGUGUCUGGCGGGAGAUCUCGGUCUGUGGGAAUGUGUACACUCUGAGGGACAGCCGCUCGGCACAGCAGCGGGGGAAACUGGUGGAAAAUGAGUCCAACGUGCUGCAGGACGGCUCCCUCAUCGACCUGUGUGGGGCCACGCUGCUGUGGCGCACGCCGGCGGGGCUGCUGCGGGCACCCACGCUGAAGCAGCUGGAGGCCCAGCGGCAGGAAGCAAACGCGGCUCGGCCCCAGUGUCCCGUGGGCCUCAGCACCCUGGCUUUCCCCAGCCCGGCCCGUGGCCGCACUGCACCCGACAAGCAGCAGCCCUGGGUCUACGUCCGCUGCGGCCACGUCCACGGCUACCAUGGCUGGGGCUGCCGGCGAGAACGGGGUCCCCAGGAGCGCGAGUGUCCUCUCUGCCGCCUCGUGGGGCCCUAUGUGCCCCUGUGGCUCGGCCAGGAGGCUGGCCUCUGCCUGGACCCUGGGCCGCCCAGUCACGCCUUUGCGCCCUGCGGCCACGUCUGCUCCGAGAAGACUGCCCGCUACUGGGCUCAGACGCCGCUGCCCCAUGGCACCCACGCCUUCCAUGCCGCCUGCCCCUUUUGCGGGGCCUGGCUCACUGGCGAGCAUGGCUGUGUCCGCCUCAUUUUCCAGGGGCCGCUGGACUAGGCUCCCUGGGGCCUCCUGCUGCUGCGCCCGCCUGCCCACCCAGGUCCCCCACCUCCUGCAGCCCAGAGGGAGCUCUGCAUGUGGGACUCUACCUGCUGGCACAUAGCCAGCCGGAUGGACGCGUUGGAUGGGCUGUGCCCUUCCUCUCUUAACUCUGACUCCGAAGGGGGUCCCCGCGACUCCUAUCCCCAGUCAGAAUAAUGGGGCCAUCGGCACCAGCUCUCACUCGGCCGAUGGAGGGGAGCCCACCCCUGUGCCCCAGCCCGUCCUGGGGCAUCCCACAUCAUGCCGCCUACACUGUGCCCCUGGGGGAGUGAAGGGGCCGGGAGCCCCUGACCCCCAGCUUAGGCUGGCUGUGCCCUGAGCCUGCCAACCCAGCUCCAGAUCAUCGCCCUGCUGCUGCUCUGGGUUCCUCUAUAAACCUUGCCGCUCAGCUGCCCUCCCAAA